UCUCACAAAUUCUCAUGUUUGAAUAAUGUUUAUUUACCGAAAAUUCGCAGCAUAAUACCAAAUUUCCCCCCCAUGCCUAUAAAUUGAGUGUCACCAACAAUAAUUAGAUUAUUUUCAUUAUUUCGAGGAAACUGAAGCCGAGGGAAUCAGGAUGCAUGACACGAUAUUGCGGCUCGCCGAUGUCUGGAAGACAUGCAACAAGAUCCGCGCCGCCGCCUUCCGCGUCGGCCUCAACCUGUGGGACUGGUACCGCCCGCUCGACCCUGAGGGCAACUCGCUCAUCUCUGAGUCGAAGUUCGUGUCGGUGCUAGCUGGACCGCUUCGCUCCGUGGUCGGCCUGUCUGAUGCCGAGAUCUCGCAACUUGCCGACUACUUUCGUGCCCAAGACGGACGAGUCUUGUACCACCAGCUGUGCCAGCUUAUCCAUGGAGAAGAUGCGGGCGGGCGCGACAAGAUUUCAGCCGACUGUCUGUUGGAGGCCUGUCCCCCACCGCCGGAGCCAGAAUGCCACCGUCUCGACCAGUGGCAGAUGAGGCGCCUCUGCUGCCUACUGGCCACAAUCGCAGCGAGAGAACUGCCUUUGAAACCUUAUUUCCAGGACUAUGAGCUGGUGGCAAAAAACGACGGACGCAUCACGUUCGCCCAUUUCGCUCGCAUCCUGAACUACAUCGGCGUGCUGGUGUCCACGGAGGACUUCAACCUGCUGGUGCGCCGGUUCAUCAAGGACUCGUAUACCCUGGACUACGUCGAGUUCCUCAAGGCCGUGGAGGCGGUGAAGAAGGAGGGCAUCAGGGGACUUGGCGUGGAGUACAACAACCCCGCAGCCCUCAUCGACACAACUCUCCCCAAGCUCUCCCGGCCCGAGAUCGACGCCGGGCGCUCCACCGCUCCGCUUGGUGCCUCCGAGUGCUUCCAUCCCGUACUGAAGCAGCCGAGGCCGUCGAGAGAACUCAUCGAGCUGAUGCUGCGGGUCCAGGAGUUCGUACUGCAGAGGAAGAUACGAGUCUCGGAGUUCUUUAGAGACUUCGAUCCGCUGAACAGUGGUAAAAUCGCGCCGGCAGAGUUCCGUCGCGCGAUGGACGCGAUGGGGCUGGGCACAAUCCUGUCGCCACAGGAGGCCAUCUGCGUGCUUCGUCACUACGUGGACCCCAACGACAACAAUCGCAUCUGCUGGCGGACGUUUGAGGAUGACUGCGAUCAAGUAUUCGCCAUAAAGGAGCUCGAGAAGCACCCGGACGUCCACGCAGGCGCGGUAGCGGAAGCUGUAGCGGCUCUGCCAGCUAUUGGGUCAGCGAGCGAGCGAGGCGGGCUGGGAGAAGACGAGCUGGACGCGGCGCAAGCGGCGUUGCUGCGAGUGCGAGCCGCCGUGAAGGAGAGGAGCAUAGACUUGAGGCCGUCGUUCGGAGAGCAUGAUGAGCACAACAACGGUCACGUAUCCCGCGGCCAGCUCCGCCGCGUGCUCGCCCGGCUCGGCGUGCUGCCCACGCCCGAGCAGGUCCGAGCUUUAGAACUCCGCUACCUGGACGACUGCGGCUUCAGCUACGUGAAGCUCCUGGACGACCUGGAGGAGCGGCCGGUGGAGAGCGCGGUCAUCUCGGGGCCGUCGAUCGCGCCGCGUGGAGCCAAGAGCAGGAAGGUCAACCCGCUGGAAACGGACAUUGUGCAGAUACUCGCCAAGAUUAAGGGGAAGAUGAUGCGCGAAGGCAUUCGGCCUUUAGACUUCUUGCGGCAGUAUGACAAGCAUAACGAGCUGGUGAUCCCGCGCGCCGACUUCUACCGCGGGCUGGCGUCCGCGGGUCUCGCCCUGACUCCAUUGGAGAUGGAUACUCUUAUGGAAGUGUUCUGCGCGCCCGCCCGUCGUCGCUACGUAGAGUACCGGCGCUUCGCGGACACCGUGGGCGAGUGCCUCACUCAGGGCAGCCUAGAGCGGGCGCCACUCCUCGAGCCCAUUCCCCACGUCCCGACCAUUGACUCCCCGCUCAACCAUCUCAACUUUGAAGAGAGACACACAGUGUCCCUCGCCCUCACCAAGCUGGCUAAGUUCCCUGACCAGCUGUCCAAUAUUCUCGAGGUGUUUAAGGAUAUGGACAAGGAGCGUUGCGGCACGAUUCCGCGCGUGUCUGCAGAUCGGGCGCUCUGUGCACGAGGUCUACUCUCACUAGUGUCCGCACGGGAACUGGAUCUAAUCUACAAGGCGUUUGGCUACCAGCGCGGCUGCGGCGACGAGGUGAACUAUCGAGCGUUGUGCAGCGCCCUAGACAUCUUGUUCGCAACGGCGAGCGGACCACCUUGCUGAACCAUGCAUCUUCGAACGACCACCAAAAGUCCAGUCACCAUCAGUCAUAUCGCAUCAGUCAUAUCGAAGCGGCCACGGAACUCAUAAAUAUCUGAAUACAACGAUAUUGUUACAAUUCAAGCGUAUUGGUCGCUGAAAUUAAACUGGUGACUCACCUAUAGGUGGAGAGAAUGGGCAGAACAGUUUUCUAUGUCGUCUAAAAUAAAACGUCUAUUGUUACGUACCGUGCUUUGUUUGAAAUUUAGUAAACGUGUAUUGUACUUACCGAU